AUGAGAACUUUUUCUUUCUUUUUCUUUCAUUUUGUAGAACCAGAUAAAAUUUAUGACAUAUUUUGUUUAUUCACUCUUCAUACCCAACUUUCUUUCUUUCUUUCUUUCUUUCUUUCUUUCUUUCUUUCUUUCUUUUCUUUCUUAGGACCAGAUAAAAUAAAUGGCACAUUUCUUUUAUUCACUCUUCAUUCCCAGAUUUAUUUAUUUCUUUUCACAGAACCAAAUAAAAUUGAUGACAUUUUUUUCAUUCACUUUUCAUUUCCAACAUUCUUUCAUUCUUCCUUUCUAUUCUUAGAACAAAAUAAAAUAGAUGACAUAUUUCUUUCAUUCCCAGCUUUCUUUCUUUCUUUCUUUCUUUCUUUCUUUCUUUCCAUAGAACCAGGUAAAAGAGAUGAUAUAUUUCUUUCUUUCUUUCUUUCUUUCUUUCUUUCUUUCUUUCUUUCUUUCUUUUAUAGAAACAGAUAA